GCCUCCACGCCCUAGGCGCUAGGUUUUGGCUGCCGGGACUCAAUUAGCCGAGGCGAAGCGGGCCCCUUGUGCUGGCGAUAGCCUUUUUCUGUUCACCUCAGUCCAACCGGCUCCCUGCCUGCUGCCAUUAUGAACAUCCGCAAUGCUCGGCCAGACGACCUGAUGAGCAUGCAACAGUGCAACCUCCUCUGCCUUCCCGAGAACUACCAGAUGAAAUACUAUUUCUACCAUGGCCUUUCCUGGCCUCAGCUCUCCUACAUCGCUGAGGACGAGGACGGGAAGAUUGUGGGCUAUGUCCUGGCCAAGAUGGAAGAGGACCCUGAUGAUGUCCCCCAUGGGCAUAUCACCUCACUGGCUGUGAAGCGCUCACACCGGCGCCUCGGCCUGGCUCAGAAGCUGAUGGACCAGGCCUCUCGGGCCAUGAUAGAGAACUUUAGUGCCAAGUAUGUGUCCCUGCACGUCAGGAAGAGUAACCGGGCGGCCUUGCACCUCUAUUCUAACACUCUCAACUUUCAGGUCAGUGAGGUGGAAUCCAAAUACUAUGCAGACGGGGAAGAUGCUUAUGCUAUGAAGCGGGAUCUCUCACAAAUGGCAGAUGAGCUAAGAAGGCAGCCGGAGCUGAAGGAGAAGGGCGGGUAUGUGGUGCUGGGCUCCAGGGAGAACCAGGAGAGCCAGAGCAGCACACUUCCUGGUUCUAAAAAGACCUGUCAGCAGGAGAACCCGGCUGUCCCUGAUAGUGGGAGUGACAGCAAGGAACCUAGCGAAUCCACGGGGAGCACUGAUGUCCAGGACAGCUCAGAAGACUUGGAUUCCGCCUCCUAGAGCCUGCUUGAGCGUUGCAGGUCCACACGUCUCAGCCAUAUCUACCCUCUGAAUGCUGGCUUAACCUGUCUGCUGUGCAGCAUCUGCUCUGAGGUCAUCUCACAGUGAUCUGAAAGACUUCUGAUUUUCAACUCUCAACAACUUUCCAUAUAUCCUACUGAGAUCAUAAAGGAAGACCUGGAUGCAAGAGUGACUGUGCAAGACCCAAGGAAGCUUGAGCCUGCCAUUACAGAACCUUCCUUGGCCGACCAAUUCCAUGCUGCCAUUUUCUUUUGUUUGUAGUUGUCCUAUGUUGAGUGUGGUUAUCCUGCAAGGUUGUUUCUUGGAAUGCUAAACAGGAAGGAGAGCAAAUUCUUGAAACUUCCUAAAUUUCAGUUUUUGCCAUUAUUUAUCUGAUUUUUGUUCUUGAAAGGGUAGACAGGACCACUGCGUCAGACCGCAUGCCCCUUUCCUCCACUUUUCUGGUAGAAAUAUCUAUUUCCUUGUCCCCUCUCUGGAACUUUCCCUUUGUCCUAUGCUCUUCCUUCUUAAAGAGGCAUUUCCCCCCUUCCCAGUAGGAGAAGGUAGUAAGUGUUUCUGGCAUACAAGCAGAAGUUGGAAUCCCUAAUCCACUUGAUUGUGUGAGUUUGUGGAUUGUUUUUUGUAAUGAUGAAACUUGCCAUUUCUUGAGGAUCUGUAGUGUUCACAUACAGUGCUGUGACAUUUAUUAAUAAUAUAUUUAAUUCUAUCAACAACUCUGUGAGGUAGGCAGUCAUCAUCUUUGUUUUACAGAUGAGGAAACUGAAGCUCAAAAAAGCAAAAGAAGUGUCCAGAAUCUGAACCUAAGUCUGUUUGAAUUCAAAGCCAGAGUUCCUUCUGCUUCCCUAUUGCCACUCUUUUUGCCUUUUAUUUACAAAAAUAUUAAAACUUCAACAGAAAGGAGAAUCUGCUGUUUAAGUAUGUUAACUGUUGACUUAAUGAAUGACAAGUAUAUGUGAUCUGUAAAUAUUUUAUAUAACCUUCAGUUGUAUUCCUCUUUUUAGUAUUUUUAAUUUAGUAAAAAUAAGACAAAGUACUUUUGUCGCGACCCCUUGCCCGCAAGGAAGACGCAACUCGGGAAUCUUCUUUCAGCAGUUUAUUCAGGCCCUUGAUAUUUCUUCUUCUCUCCUCUCGGAUGCCCCUCCCAGCCUUAAUAAAGCAUCCCAAGCCCCAAUGCAAAACUGCCGCGUGGAGCUUUCUCACAGGGUGGUGAAAAAUCAUGUGCCAACUUUCCCAGAUAAGGAGUUGUUUGUCACAGACCACAGCGGAGCCAGCGUCAUCUUGUAAUGGCGACCAUAAUCUGCAGAAAUGGCAGAAGCGGCUCACCACAGUUCCCCCUUUUCUGUUUUCUUAAAACAAUACAGGCGAGAGUAGAGGUCCUAUCCCACUGUGCAGAAGUGGCUGCAUAGUAUGACUCAGUCCUAAGGAGGCGCCUUCCCCAGAUCUGAAGCCAUAUCAGCCGACGCCUUUUUUCGUGGGGCGGGGCGUGAAUGCGUCUAACCCGCAUGCAAUAGGACAUGCUCUCCUUGAGGUCCUCGUCAAGGAUCACUCAAGUGCAGUGCCUUGCCUCGCAUCCUGUAUCGUGAUGAUGGUGGACG